UCUCCUUCUCUGUUUUGGUAUUCAAAAAGCGAACCUGAGUGCACGUGAGACCCGAUCACGACAACUUUUCUCUGAAAAUUUGUCCGGCUACUUUUCCUCUCUGAGGCGUUUCUUUGCAGAAAUAAACCAACAAGGAGCCAUACGAAGAAGUCGGACAACGACCCUCCCAAACUUCUGCAAUCAUGAUGUCGAUGAACAGCAAACAGCCUUUCAGUAUGCACCCCAUACUGCACGAGCCCAAAUACACUCCGCUGCACUCCAGCUCGGAGGCCAUCCGCAGGGCCUGCCUGCCCACACCGUCGCUUCAGGGGAACAUCUUCGCGGGCUUCGAUGAGACUCUGCUACAGAGGGCCGAGGCUCUCGCCGCUGUGGACAUUGUGGCCCAGAAGAGCCACCCUUUCAAACCGGACGCGACCUACCACACCAUGACCACCAUGACCAGCAUGACCUGCACCCCAACCUCCUCCUCCGCGCACCUGCACCACCCAUCCGUGCUCACCUCCCACCACCACCCUGCGCACCACCAGCCGUCUCAGGGCCUGGAGGGAGACCUGCUGGACCACCUCACACCGGGCAUCUCUCUGGGAGGCAUGGGCUCGGACGUCUGCUCCUCGGCCUCUCACAGCCACGCCGCCCACAUGUCGGCCAUCAACCACAUGCAGCACCACCACCACCACCAACAGUCCAUGAACAUGCACGCGCACGGGCUGGGCUCCCACAGCUCCCUGGGGAGUGGUUUAGACGCCGAGCCGGAUCCCCGAGAGCUGGAGUCUUUCGCUGAGAGGUUCAAACAAAGGCGGAUCAAACUCGGGGUGACCCAGGCGGACGUGGGCGCGGCCCUGGCCAACCUCAAGAUCCCCGGGGUGGGCUGUCUGAGCCAGAGUACCAUCUGCAGGUUCGAGUCCCUGACGCUGUCUCACAACAACAUGGUGGCCCUGAAGCCGAUCCUGGAGGCCUGGCUGGAGGAGGCGGAGCGGGCGCAGAGGGAGAAGAUGGCCAAGCCGGAGAUCUUCAACGGGGGCGACAAAAAGAGGAAACGGACGUCUAUCGCGGCCCCGGAGAAGCGCUCCCUGGAGGCUUAUUUCGCCGUGCAGCCGAGGCCCUCCUCGGAGAAGAUCGCUGCCAUCGCAGAGAAACUGGACCUGAAAAAGAACGUGGUCCGGGUUUGGUUUUGCAAUCAGAGGCAAAAGCAGAAACGAAUGAAGUUUUCUGCGACGCACUAAGACCUGCGGAGGAAACUCUGCCUCGUUUACAAAAAGACAAAUCAGAGACUAGCUGCUGCUGCGCACUGUCAGAAAAAAACAAGGUACACAGCUGCGCCUGCUGUCAACGAGAACUGGACCUUUUCAUCAUCAUUUUACAAGCAUUCAAACUCUUGAGCCAUUUGUUCUGAAGGUAAAACUUCAUGAUUACGUGGUUUCUGCCUCCAAAAAUGCCUGAAAUUAAGCUGAGUCGGAAAAAGUACUCCGAAUUAGAUUUUACCACUAAACUAUUGACUUGAGAAGAGCCCUCUCAGCGUUUUCCACCUUUUUUGAGGAACAUCUUUCUUUGCACAAGUUCCUGAUUCCCGUUUUCUUGCUGAAAGUAUUUAUCUUUUUGUGCUUUUAAAUUACAUGCAAAGAACAACCUGCGCGUCUGUGGAGUUUCAUCAGUGUUUUCAGUGCGUCAGAAACACGCUCUGCCUCUUUCCACGGGCUGGAAGUGCUUGAGCCGCAUUUAUAGAUUCUCUGAGAGCUUCGGAUGUCGGACGCCUGACUCUCCUCUCACUGUAACUCCACCGGAACUCCUUUAGGAAGGCUCAGCUCCAGAUACAACCGGAUUCAACAGUGUACCUUUUUUUAUUGUGACAGUGGAGAUGGAGCACCAGGACUGGGAGAAAGACUGAGACCCUGUCCAAAAACCUGAGACUCACAUAUUUACGCUUCUCCGCAGAGUUGAGGUCGACCCUCUCUGAGACACGGGAGGAAGUGAUCGACAUCGUGGAAGAAACACGCUCCUUCUCAUUCAUUCUUAUGGCAAUUAUUGUACAAAAAAUAAGCAUAAUAAUGACGGGGAUCGGGGAUGAUUUUCCUCCUAGUCUGAAUAGCUUUUUUAUAUUUAUCAUUGUACAUAUUUGUGAAUAUGUUGCACCUCCGUGUGUGGAAAAGCUCAUUGAUAUGUAUUGUCUUUUCUCCCAGGUGUUUAGUUAGUUUUUUGGGGGGGGCAGAUCGAGUGAAAACAGUCGGUCUGUGUCUAAUUACUGAGGCGCAAUAACUCCUGUAAUCCAUUGCAUGGUUUACUCGUUAAAGGGGGAGAGGGUUUUUUUCUGUGCGUCCAAAAAAUAACCCCCCAAAAGUGAAUGCAUUGCAAUAAGAAGAUAGACACAAACACACACAACCACACGCACGAACACACACAUUCACACGGUAUAGCUGUGUGGCUACCUCAUUACGCAAGUGUUGGCACGUUCAUGGUGAUUUUUAAAACACACACACACACACACACACACUAAAAAAAGUGGAGUAGGGUCAUUUUUUUGUUUGGUUUUUUUCUAAUGUGUUUCUGGUUUCUUUGUGUUCCUCUUCCACCGGUUCAUGGUGAAUUAGGCCUAGAAGACUCACUGAUGUGUAAACCUGUUGUAUGUUCACUGCAAUGAUGCUCUGACAAUCAAAUUAUGAUUAUUACAGCUUUAAUUUUAUUAUUAUUCAGAUUUAACUCCAGCUUUUCUGUCAACACGGAGACAAAUCUAUUACUAUUAUUUUAUUAUUAUUAUUAUUAUUAUUAUUAUUAUUAUUAUUAUUAUUAUUAUUAUUAUUGUUAUGGUCACUGACACCUUUGUGGAGCGCACUUUGUAGAUAUUCUGAAGGACGAUGGUCAGCCUUAUUUAAAACUGCUUUUCCAACACUUAACACUUAAAAUAUUUCAGAUUUGUUUCGUUUUCUUUUCAUUGCCCUUAUCUAUUUAUUUAUUAACUUGAUCUUUAUUUAUUUUGGAGGAGAAAAAAAAUCAUAUUUCAUUUGUGAAAGUGUGCUUUAAAUGUGUCUGUGUAAGCGACAGAAGCUGAAAUAAACCGUGCACGUUUUACUUCA